AUGGAUAAACUUACUGUUAUAUCUGGGACUUUAUUUAUGGCUGCCGAUGUUUUUGCUAUUGUUAGCCUUGCCAUGCCAGAUUGGAUAAUUACAGAUGUUGGUGGUGAUACUCGUCUGGGCUUGAUGUGGUCAUGCAUCACUUUGUACAAUAGACCACAAGUUUGUUUUACACCAGAUUUACAGCCAGAGUGGUUGCUUGCUUUAAUAUGUAUAUUUAUUGGGUGUAUAUGUAUAACAACAACUGUAAUAUUGUUAGCUUCAAGCCAUUUUGACCGUAAUGUCAUCCCUUAUGCUCGGUGGGUGGGAUUUGCUGCAAUGGUAGUAUUCUGCUUAGCUGCUGUUAUAUUCCCUAUGGGAUUCCAUGUUGAUGAGAUUGGAGGACAACCAUACCAGCUGCCCAACAGUCACCAAGUUGGAAUUUCAUAUAUAUUAUUUGUGUUGUCUUUAUGGAUAACUGUGAUAUCUGAACUGUUUGCUGGGAAACACCAGCCUAUUAAUGUCCCCGGGGCACAGGCCUUCCCUAUGGAUGGAACAGGGAGAUUGGGCCGUUACCUACGCGGGCCAAUUGCGGAUUGGUGGGUGCUAACGACUGCAUAUGCAGCCGGGAUCAAUGGCUUAACGUGCCUUCCGAAGCAUGGAGUAGCUCGAGAUAACAAGUUUUUGGUCACCCAUCCCAAAUACGAUGAUGCAAAAAUAAUUAAAGGGCUUACAGAUGAAGAAGCAUUAAGUGUCUUCAUCGACUUGGAACUAACAAAGGCACAAUAUCUGUAUCUCAGGAACGUUGCAGAUGAAAGAAACUGUUCUUUAUUUCCACCAUACUAUAAAAUACAGGAAAUGAAACAGAGGUGCUAUCCACCAUCAUCAACAAUCGAAAUCACAAAUACUUAUGCAAAAAUAUUGAGAGUUCAAGAUCUAUUGGAUCACACUGCAGCUCGAAUUUUAUCAAUAGAUAAGGUUUACAAGGAUGGUCAAAAACAUUUACUAUUUUAUAGCAAAUGGGGUUGUGAUGGGUCAUCUGGACAAAGCGAGUACAAGCAAGCACUACCAGAGGAGUCUGAACUUAUUUCCGAUGCAAAUUUAUUUAUUACUUCUUUUGUGCCUAUCAGAUUAACUGACGUGGAAUCAGGCGCCAUCACAUGGCAAAAUCCAGUGCCUUCAUCUGUUCGUUUCUGUCGGCCUAUAUCUAUAGAAUUUUGCAAAGAAACGCCAGAAAAAACUAAAUCGGUUGUAGAUGAAAUAAAAAAUCAAAUACAAACUUUGCUUCCAUCAAUAAUUAAUAUAGAAGGCGUGGGAGUCCAAGUCAAGCAUGAACUUUUUUUGACGAUGAUAGACGGAAAAGUGGCACAAGUUUUAACAGAUACGCCUUCUAGUUCCACAUGUACAAUAUGCGGAGCAACUCCUAGACAAAUGAAUGAUUUAACCCGGCGAGCGUAA